GGUAGUUUGGAGUUGGUUUUCCACCAAGUGGAAAGGUGACAUAGAACUAGUCGUUUUCUGUCACUACGUAGAAGUAAUUAUGUUCCCAUAGUUAAACUUUCAGCCGUCAGAAUGAACAUGCUGAAUAAAUCACAGGACUUUGACUCAUAUGAAGUCGAAGAGCCAAGUGACGAGGAGCGGGCAGCGAGCAGUUCAGAGGAUGAGCUGGAUGUGCUUCUGAACGGGACAGCAGAGCAGAAGAAGAAGCUGAUCAGAGAGUAUCUGACGGGGGAGAGCGAGUCGUCCAGUGAGGAUGACUUUGAAAAGGAAAUGGAGACGGAGCUCAGCUCCACCAUCAGGAACAUGGAGGGAACCUGGGCACCAGCAGCUAACAGCGGUGGUGAAGGAGCAGGUGCCGGUGGCGUAGGAGGUUCCAGUGUUCCCAAUCCACCGAUGUAUGACGAAGUUUACUUUGAUUCUGACUCAGAGGACGAGGACACACCAAGCAGCUCUACCAGCUGGAAGCGGAGACAGCGUGUAGUUCCUACCAAUGAUGAGCUGUUGUAUGACCCAGACGAGGAUGACAGGGACCAGGCUUGGGUAGACGCCAGACGGUAUAACAGCAGAAAACAACCAAAUGCAGCCUCCCGGUCCAAAUCCGGCCAACCUCGGCGUUUACCCAACAGUGAUGCUGUUCUCAACUGUCCCGCCUGCAUGACGACGCUCUGCCUGGACUGUCAGAGGCAUGAGAAGUACCGGACGCAGUAUCGAGCCAUGUUUGUGAUGAACUGCACGGUGAAACGAGACGAGGUGCUGCGCUACAAAACCAAGCAGCUGAGGAAGCAAAGAAAGCGGAAAAGAGGACAGAAAGUCGAACCCCCUGCAGAUGCACCAACCAGCUCCACGGACCCUGAUGAGGUUUACCACCCAGUCACAUGUUCUGAGUGCUCCACAGAAGUGGCUGUGGUUGAUAAAGAUGACGUCUACCAUUUUUUUAACAUCCUUGCCAGCCACUGUUGAGGUCGACUGAGGGUGCUGUAUUGUAGACUUUUUUAUUUGUGCCAUCAGUUUCCCUCUCAACGCUGAAGUUUGUGCUGCUCAGAGGAAGCUAGUGGUGAGGGAUGCUGCACUACCACUCAUCAGAGGAUUCUCUUCUCACCUUGCAUCAUGUAUUAUUUUAGUUUUCCUGGUUGAGGUGGACACUCCUGCUGUGGCCAAGAGGACUAAAUCUUUUGAUCUGAAUGAUCUCAAACAAGUCAUUUAAACCAUCCCAUGUCAUUCCUAAUUUAAAAUAAAAAUACUUGGAUAGACAAAGGAGGGGAAAACCA